AUGACCCCCCUCGGCGCCGCCCCCGACAGCCCCCCGCCCCGGUCCUGCUGCCGCCUCUCGGGCAGCGCCAAGGGGCUGCUGGCGGCGCUGCUGGGGGGGGCGCUGCCGGCCGGCUUCGUGGCCCCCUUCGCCCGCCUGGCGCACGACGCCUCGGGGAUGCCGUCACUGGAGCUGCUGCUCUUCCGCUGCCUGCUGCCCCUGGGCUUCGCCUGGCCCCUGCGCCGCCUCGGGGCCCCGCUGCUCGGCCCUCCGCCCGCCCGGCGCCGGCUGCUGUGCCACGCUCUGGCCCACGUGCUCUCCGUGGCCUGCGCCUACAGCUCCUACCUGGCGCUGCCCACGGCCCACGCCGCCACCGUGCGCAAGGGCUCCUGCACCCUGGGCGCCGCCGUGCUGGCGCUGUGCGUGGGCGCCCGCCCGCUGACCGGCGACGACUGGCUGGGCCUGGGCGCCAGCGCCGUGGGACUGCUGGUCACGGCGCUGCCCGAGCUGCCGGGCGCCGGGCUCCGCGAAGCCUUCGGCUACGGACUGGCGGGGCUGGGCGGCUUGGCGCUGGCCCUAGCGCUGGUGGCGCUGCCAGCGCUGGACUGCCCGGCCCGGCUGACCACCACCGCCUUCGCCUUUGGAGCCGUGGGCACCGCGAUCUGCGCCCCGGCGCUGCUGUGGCUGCAGGAGCCCGUGGUGCCGCAGGCACCGCUGGCAUGGGUGUGCACCGCCGGCGUGGCCUGCCUGGCCUUGGCCUCCUCGAUGAGUGCCGGCUACGCUGUGACCGCGGCACCCCCGGCCCUGGUGUGCGCAGCCCUGCACACCGAGGUGGCGGUGACCUUGGUCUUGCAGCGCUACCUGCUGCUUGAGCCCGUGGCCCCUGGGGCCGUGGCUGGGGCCGGCGUGGUGCUGGGAGCCAUGGCCGCCAUCGCCGCCCGCCAGGCUGCCUGCCCGGCUCCGGGGGACGAGGGGCAGCAAGAGGCUGAGGACAGUGGGGAGAGACUGGAUGGGAAAGCAGGGGGGGCACGAGGGGGGGAGUAG